CUGAUGUGUGGAGUAAAGUCCUCCUAGGCCUUUGUAAAGUCAUCCUGUCUUCUCAGGAGCUUCUCAGACUUGUGCCCCAAAGAUGAGGGCUCAAGAGGACUCCGAGGACCAGACACAGCAGGAUCCCCAGGGCUCCAAGGGAGCUUCCACCAGGAACCCGAAGAUGUCCCUGCCCACAGAGCCCAAGACUGACAUGUUGUACAAGAUUGAAGAUGUGCCACCCUGGUACCUGUGCAUCCUGCUGGGCUUCCAGCAUUACCUGACUUGCUUCAGCGGCACCAUCGCCGUGCCCUUCCUCCUGGCUGAGGCGCUGUGUGUGGGCCACGAUCAGUACAUGGUCAGUCAACUCAUUGGCACCAUCUUCACAUGUGUGGGCAUCACCACUCUCAUCCAGACCACACUGGGCAUCCGGCUUCCCCUGUUCCAGGCCAGUGCCUUUGCAUUUCUGGUUCCAGCCAAAGCCAUCCUGGCCCUGGAGAAGUGGAAAUGCCCGCCAGAAGAGGAGAUCUACGGUAACUGGAGUCUGCCUCUGAACACCUCUCAUAUCUGGCACCCACGGAUGCGAGAGAUCCAGGGUGCAAUCAUGGUGUCCAGCAUAGUGGAGGUGGUGAUCGGGCUGACAGGGCUGCCUGGGGCCCUCCUCAGCUACAUUGGGCCUCUCACGGUCACCCCCACUGUCUCUCUUAUUGGCCUCUCCGUCUUCCAAGCUGCUGGCGACCGAGCUGGCUCCCACUGGGGCAUCUCAGCUUGCUCCAUUCUCCUGAUCGUCCUCUUCUCCCAGUACCUUCGCAAUGUCGCCUUCCUGCUGCCUGUCUACCGAUGGAGCAAGGGCCUCACUCUUUUCCGAAUCCAGAUCUUCAAGAUGUUUCCUAUUGUGCUGGCCAUUAUGACCGUGUGGCUCCUCUGCUAUGUGCUGACACUGACAGAUGUGCUGCCCUCAGAUCCGACAGCUUAUGGCUUCCAGGCACGAACUGAUGCUCGUGGGGAUAUCAUGGCUAUUUCACCCUGGAUCCGCAUCCCCUAUCCCUGUCAGUGGGGCUUGCCCACAGUGACAGUGGCUGCUGUCCUGGGAAUGUUCAGUGCCACCCUGGCAGGCAUCAUCGAGUCCAUUGGCGAUUACUAUGCUUGCGCCCGCCUGGCAGGUGCCCCGCCCCCUCCAGUCCAUGCAAUCAAUAGGGGCAUCUUCACCGAAGGCAUCUGCUGCAUUAUCGCAGGACUGCUGGGCACCGGCAACGGGUCCACCUCGUCAAGUCCAAAUAUUGGCGUCCUAGGGAUUACCAAGGUGGGCAGCCGCCGUGUGGUGCAGUACGGUGCUGGUAUCAUGCUGGUCCUGGGCGCCGUCGGCAAAUUCACUGCUCUGUUCGCCUCGCUCCCUGACCCCAUUCUGGGGGGCAUGUUCUGCACCCUCUUCGGCAUGAUUACGGCUGUGGGGUUGUCCAACCUGCAGUUUGUGGACAUGAACUCCUCCCGCAACCUUUUUGUGCUGGGAUUUCCCAUGUUCUUCGGGCUCACGUUGCCUAAUUACCUGGAUUCUAACCCUGGAGUCAUCAACACAGGUAUUCCAGAAGUGGACCAGAUUCUGACUGUGUUGCUGACCACGGAGAUGUUUGUGGGCGGAUGCCUUGCUUUCAUAUUGGACAACACAGUGCCAGGGAGCCCCGAGGAACGAGGCCUGAUUCAGUGGAAAGCUGGGGCCCAUGCCAACAGUGAGACAUCUGCCAGCCUGAAGAGUUACGAUUUCCCCAUUGGGAUGGACACAGUAAAAAAGAUUGCCUUUCUGAAAUACAUUCCCAUCUGCCCAGUCUUCAAAGGAUUCUCUUUGAGAUCAAAAAACCACCCUCCAGUUCAAGAAGACACUCCAGAAAAUACAGAAGCUGUAUCUGUGUGCACCAAGGUCUGAAAAAAGUUACUUCCAAAAAAGGAGGCAUGGUAUGUAACAGGAAAAGAAAACUACAUGGGGAGCCAGAAGAUCUAAGUUCGAAGUCUCAGCUCUGUCCCUAUCUACGUGUUCUAUGUGUGCAAGGAUAAAUCACCCUGAGACUCCAUUUUUUUGGGAGCGUACUGGGAAUUGAACUUAGAACCUUGAGCUUUCAAGGCAGGUGCGGCACCACUGAGCUAAAUCUCUGGCCUCUGAGACUCCAUUUUUGUAACAGUUUGAACAAAAUGGAGAAAGUCUCUAGGAGCUGUAGAGACAUGUACCAAUAUUAUUCUAAGCUUCUAAAUCUUUACUUCCCUAAGUUGACACAUCAGGUGUAUAGGAAGAAUAGCUGGAACUCCUCUAUUGCAUUUUGGAGAGCAAUGAUAAAAAGAAAACGAGAGCUAGGCAUGGUGGUGCAUGCCUGUAAUCCUAGCAACUCAGGAGGCUGAGGCAGGAGGAUGGACAUGAGUUCCAGGCCAGCCUGGGCUACAAAGUGAGUUUCAUAACUUAUACAUAACAACUUCCUUGGACAGGAUCUAUUCUCCUUUCUCCCACAGGAAAUAUGUCAAACAAGCGUACAGUUUACAGGUAGAGAUGUAGUUUAGCGAUAAGAGCAUCUGCUCAGAAUGCUUGAGGCCCUAGCUUCAAUCUGCAACAUCACAUAUACACAAAAAAGUCAAAAGUGUAGAUAAACAGUAUUCUUAAAUACACAAUAUUCUGGCAGUUAUAAAAGAGUAAGAACAAAUGAAUCUUAAAUAGAAUGAAAAGAACAAACCAGUUUCUGAUUUAUGGAUUUAUACUGGGUUCAGAUUAAAGUUAUACUCCACAAGCCAGGCAUGGUGGUACAUGCCUAUAAUCCCAGCACUCCAGAAUCUGAGGCAGGAGGAUUGCCACAAGUUCAAGGUUAGCAUGAACUACAUAGCAAGACCCUAUCUCAAAAAAAUCAAUCAAUCAAUCAAUCAAUCAAUCAAUCAAUCAAUCAAGUUAUACUGUACAUUUAGCCUAGCAAGAAGCUUUACUCAUCAGGGCAUGACAUGACUAAUGUAGCCAUAAGCAAGUAUGAUUGCAACAGACUCUUUUUUGGUACCAGGGAUCAAACUCAGGACCCUGUGCUUGUGAAGCAGGCGUGGUGCCACUGAGCUAAAUCCCUGGCUAGACUCUUAAAAUUAUAUAUCUGGUCAACUGGGUUAAGUCAUUUACUACAACAAAGGCUAUACUAUACCAUCAGGUAAAUUUCAGUGCUUUUGUUUUAGAAGAAUGUUUUCUGAAUGCCUGAUGGGCAGGACAGCUGUAUAAUAAAUCAUCUGCGGUGUUUUUUAAAAAUUAAAAUGCUUAAAAGACUGA